UUAAGCAAUUUGCGUGGUUGAUGACGUUGGUUCGCUUGAGUCUGGAAUCGAGGCUACGGGAGCAGUGGCUAUAAAAGGGGGUAGCAGGAUGGAUUCUAUGUCUCCUGAGAGCCACGGAUGGUCUGUUCUCCAGAAGCUUAAUGAACAAAAAUCUAUGGGGCUUUUUUGUGACGUGUCUUUGAUGGUGGAAGGUAAAAUUUUCUUGGCUCACAAAAAUGUCCUUUCUGCCUGCAGUGAAUAUUUCUAUGCAGCACUAAGUAGAAAUGAGCAGCAACAGUUCUUGGUGCUUGAUAAUGUUCGCCUGGAGGGAUUUAGUCACCUUUUGGAUUUUAUAUACUCUUACAAAAUCCCUACAUGCCAUGUACAAGACUUUAUGCAGGCUGCCCAAGUUUUGCAAGUCAAUCUCCCUCUCACUGUACAAGUGGUUAAUGUUUCUAGCAGCCCUCAGACUAGCGCUGCAAAGGAAGACAUUUCCAUCCCAGAGGAAGGUUUUGAUGUACAAAACAGAGGCUCAGAAAGUAGAGAAAUUGUGAGCCAGCAGCUAAGGCGAGGUAGGGAUGAGAGUAUUUCAAGUGUCAACACCGUCAUGUACAGUGAGGAAAGAAGAAGAUUUGAUACUGUUUCCCAGAUGAAAGAGAAAGGCAAGAUAUUUAGGAGACCUACUUUUUAUAAAGAAAGUUUUGUUGUCAGGAAUCCUAACUUCUUUGUGCAAAAAUCAGUUGAUAUAGGUGGACUUAUGGGAAGAGGAAGUUCUGUGGAUGAACCAAGAGAAACCUCAUUCCCUAACCCAAGCUUUGCAAGACAAUUGCCUAUUACUAUACACAAUGAUGGAUCAUCAGAGGAAGCAGAUGAUGAAAAUGGUGAUAUGUGCAUCAAUUUAUGUGAUGAGCCAGAUACCCCUGAUAGCUUGGAGCCGUCUCUUACUCUUAAUGACUUGUCAAGACAUGGGGCAUCCAUGCCCCCCAAAAUGUAUUCAACCAUAGUUGGGCUGGAGGGAAGUGAAGUCAUUGAGAGAGUAGACGGGGAUGCAGACGUGGUCCAUAAAUGUGACAGGUGUGAACUUUUAUUAACUUAUCCAGAGUUUCUUAAUCAUCAGGACGAUCCAGGGAUUAAUAUACUUCAGUGUGAAUUCUGUGACAAACAGUUCAACUACAGUUGCCAGCUUUCUUUGCAUAUGUCAAGCCACCAUGACAAGAAAUUCUACCAGUGUGACCAAUGUGGUAAAGAGCUAAGCACCCUGAAAAAGUUACAUGACCACAUUGCGUACCACUCAGAUGCGAGACCACACAAAUGCCGUCUAUGUGACAAAGCCUACAAAGUGAAAAAUGAUCUUACACAGCAUAUCCGAGUGAAACAUUUGGAAGCAUCUAAUGGCAAGCCACCAUUGCUCCAGCUUUGUGAGUUUUGUGGGCAAGCUGUGAAGCAUUACAAGAGCCACAAAAUCUUUUGCAGUGGCAUUAAGAAGUUUAAGUGUGAUUUCUGUGUGCAGUCAUUUCACCGUAUUUCGGAACUGAAGAGGCACACGUGGACACAUACCGGAGAACUCCCAUAUCGUUGCAAAAUUUGUGGGAAAGGAUGUCGGCACCCAAGUAAUAUGAAGAAACACAUCCGUACGGUACAUAAAGCAGAUAUGCGAGUACAGAUCAACAGAGAGCAUGCAUCCCCAAGGUUCUGCAAGAACAGAAGGCCUCCAACAAAAUUACCAGGCCAGAUUCUGCAGCAGACAUUGCCCCCUGACCUUACAGUCAUGCAGUCAGCAGCUGCAAUGAUUCCUGACCAAGUCAAUCAGAUGGACUCCUCUGUGCCCCCUGUCUCUCUAGGAUAUAUUUCCAUCUCUACCGUGGCUGAUAACACUGCCAAUGAUUUCAGCUUGUUUUCCACUCAGAAUAUUUCUGCUGAGCCUACUAGGCCUUUGUAACAGGAACAAAUUCCAAUACUUUUGUUUAAACACACUUUGUUGUUACAAAAAUAACAUUUAUCAGGAUCCAAAAGGAUCAGUUCUGUUACACAAACCAAGAGUCUGACUGUGGUAAUGAGUCCUGAAGAGCUGUGGAUACAAAGUAUUGCAAUUACUAUCAGUGACAGGAUGUAAACAAUGAGGCUGAUAAUCAAAUGCCUGGUACACUUAAUGCUUCUCCAUGAUGCUCCCCAUCAGUGCUCUCUAUUAUUUUAAAUGUUUAUGGUCUACUUACAUAUAAGAGCCAAAGCAUUGACCUGGUGUUUACAGCUUAGGGCUAUGGCACAUAUACGGAAUGUUUUGAUCAUCUCUAUUGCGCUUCUCGUCUACUCGUAGCACUCGUCUACUCGUAGCACUUUCUACUGUUAUUAAGGGGAAAUGGGUCCACAGCAUUUUGAUUUAUUAAUGCACAUGAUACUUCCUGGUGCACCAGAUGCCUUCAUCUUCAUCCACACCUGACAAGCAGGUCUUCCACAAAUGCUUGUGUGGUUUUCCUACAAGCUAAUAAAAUGUGUAUGGCUCAGUUUGAUCCACCAAGAGGAAUCUAUGUGUGUCCUUUUUGUGGUGUAGUGGACUUUGACUUGGAGAAGCUUUUGGGCACAGUGAGCACCAGUGCUUCAUGGUAAAGUUUACAGUGUGUGCAAAAAUGUAUUAUAUUACAUAGUUACAUGCAGAAAUGUGUCAUUUUCAGCAGUCUUUGCAUGCAAAAGAUUUCCAUUGACAUUUCUUAUGCUUUGAUAGGUUUUAAGCUACACAUAUUUCGUAAUUUGUUAAUUAAUGGUGCUCACCUCUAUCAAGGAGAUAAGGACAAGGUUAAAUUUACAGUGUGAUAGAAAUAAAGCUACAGAGUUCUCUGUACAA